UUAGAUGAAGAUGAUUUAUUUAAGCGAGUUUUACGUUACAGAAAGCGUAAUACUUAAGCUGUUUGUGUACCAUAAUUACUGUUUCCAUUCCCCAUAAUUCUUUUGUAUUAGUUAUUGUUUAAAUAUGUUAUUUUAUAGUUAUAAUGUCAAAUGAUGUAUACAUUUCCUAAACCAGAUAUACCCUCUUUGUAGAUAUGAAUUUAGUCAAAACUGGGCCAACUUUAAACCUUCUAACGGUUUUGCUUACUUUUGUGUAGCUUGAGCGACCAACAAAAAAAUUUACAACCAAAAAAAAUUUAAAAAUUGAUUUUACACCGUGUAAUCAUCAACAACUAGUGGGAUCAUAUCAACAAUGAUUAAGUUGUUAACGUCGUUGUUAGCACUUAGCAGUAUCGUGGCAUGCAAUGACUACAUACCAUUUGAUACGACCAGGUUAGAUAAGUCUUCAAUCUUUGAACAAUUCCUUUAUAAGGACUUUCCUUCAAGUCCUUGGUUGCCAUCAAAGGGUAAAGCUUGGGAUAAUGAUAAAAAGGAAUUCGUACGCUAUACAGGGAAAUGGAAUAUCGAGCCCUCGUUUAAGAAUCCAGCAUAUGGAUCAGAUGAUAAAGGAUUGGUUUUAAAGACUGUAGCUGCACGUCAUGCGGUUUACUAUAAAUUACCAACUCCAUUUGACAACACAGAUCAAGAUUUAGUAUUACAAUAUGAAUUGAAACUACAAUCAGGUUUAAAUUGUGGAGGAGCUUAUAUUAAGUUAUUGGAUCAAUCUGAAGAUUAUAGAGGAUUCAAUGGACAAACCCCUUAUCAAAUCAUGUUUGGACCAGAUAAAUGUGGAUCAAAUAAUAAAAUUCAUUUCAUUAUAAAUAGACCAAAUCCAAUUACAGGUAAAGUGGAAGAAAAACAUUUAAGAGCUCCACCAAUGGCUAAAAUUAAUGAUUUAUCAAAUUUAUAUACUUUAAUUCUUACUAAAAAUCAAGAUUUUGAAAUUAGAGUUAAUGGUGAAGUUGCAAAAGCUGGUAAUUUACAUAGUAAUGUCAAUCUAUUAUCUCCUCCAUUAUAUCCCAAUCCAGCUUUAAUUGAUGAUCCUAAUGAUAUAAAACCAUUUGAUUGGGAUGAUGAUGUUUUGGUUCCUGAUCCCAAUGCUGAGUUACCUGAAGAUUAUGAAUUGAAGCAUUUAUGGGAAAAAAUCCCUGAUUUGAAAGCGGUGAAACCAGAAGAAUGGGAUGAAAAUGAGCCUUUAACUAUCCCUGAUUUGGAAUCUGAAAAACCUCAAGAUUGGGAUGAUGAAGAAGAUGGUGAAUGGACACCACCUCAUAUUCGUAAUCCACAAUGUGAUGAAACAGGUUGUGGUCCAUGGUCACCUCCAUUAAUUAAGAAUCCUCUUUAUAAAGGUCCAUUUAUACCUCGUAAUAUUCCAAAUCCAAACUAUAAGGGACCAUUUAAACCUAAACAAAUUCCGAAUCCUGAUUUCCAUAAUGAUACUAAUCCAAGUAAUAUUGGAUUAGUUGGAGGUUUAGGAUUUGAAUUAUGGAGUAUGGAUAAUAAUAUUAUGUUCAAUAAUAUUUAUUUGGGUCAUUCUAUAAAGGAAGCUGAAUUAAUUGGUAAUGAAACAUAUGCUCCUAAACUUGAAUUAGAGUUUGAAUAUAAACAAAAUCAUAAAGUUAAUAUUAAGAAUGAACCUAUAAAACCUCCACCAACAUUUGAUGAAAUCAUUAAUGAUAAUAAAGUUUAUGGAUUUAUUCAAUUCUUAGUCUUUAUUAAAUUCUUUUUAUUAAAACAAUUCUUAGAUAUUGUUGACUUUUAUUAUGAAUUCUUAAGAGAUCCUUUAAAUUUAAUCACUAAUCAACCGAUUAAAUUUGUUUUAUAUUGCAUGAUUUUUGUGACAUUUUUUACAUUUAUAUGUGGAUUGGGAGCUGUAUUAUUGUUUUUAAUUACAGGAGGAGGUCAAGCCAAUCCCGUUUACGAAAAAGAGACGAGGUCAAAGACUAAAAUUGAAGAUGAUGAUGAUGAUGAUGCUAAGUACGAUGACGAAGAUGGAGUAGUCAUUGAACAUCCAUCGAAUUGGGAAGAAAGAGAAGAGCCAAGGAUUAUUGAAUUGAAAGACAGCGAUGAUAUCAGUUCAGCCACUGGAGCUUUUACAGCUGAAGCCAAACCAAGAAGGAGAAAGGCUUAAAACGGGCACAAAUUUUUAAUAGGAGUUCAUAGAAUAUCAAUAAUAUAUGUUUUAAUCGUAUAUAUAUGUCAUUUUUUGCAUUCUUGUGAUGUUUGGAUGUUAAUUUUU